AUGGAUCCUAUGUUUCGUCAAAGAAGACCUUCUGCACAAGGCGACCCGGAGUGGGGUAGGCCGACUGCGGAUCAAGAAUACGAGGCAGCCUUGAGUCAAGGGAACGCUGGCGGCAGUGGGUCGUCUGGAAUCAUCGCGGCAGGCGAAUCCUCGCCUGGCACUUUAGAACAGGGCACAGCAGCUGUGGCGCCUACUGCAGGGGCGACGCAGCCGAUGCCCACGGCACAUCCUUUUCAUUCGGAGCACGUUCAAGCCGAAGUAGCGCUGGCUAGAAGCAGGCCACAUACUUUGGAUGAUGAUGCAAGGCGGAUGUUGGAUGUGAGCGAAUCCGCUCUAGGGGAUCGAAAUUUAUCUGGACGGAAGGAUGAACCUGAUUAUGGAUCGGAUGCUCAGCGGGGACUUCCUAGAGUUGCGAGAUUAGAGUACACGGAAGGACCUGUGACUGGUCAAAAGGACACUGGAUCAGUGACUGCGGGAGAAGGUGGUACCUCCAGGGGUUCUCCAGAGCCUCAGUCUAAUCCGGAAGACUUUGGCUCAAUGAGGGGCCGCGCUCGGGAAAUGGCAUCUACUUCUGCAGAUGAUGGUGAUCGAGGUGUUCUGAGCUCUUCAGAGCGGCCAACUCCUGAUGAUCAACGAGAGCUUGUCAGAGCUGAGUUGUCUGUCCCGGAUUUAAAGGAAAAUCCAGAAGGGAUCGAGGUAGCGCUGGAUGGGCUCGGUCAACAGGACUCCGAUGGCCUGGGUGAGAAGGUCAAGACUAGGAGCUUCGGAGCCAUGCACUUAUCGGCUGGCUUCGACAUCGAGGGAUCCACCCAGAGUCAACUUCUGGGGAAGAUCCAGCGGGUAGUUUCUCAAUUGUCGGAUGACGAUGCGGAUGAGCUAGAUACCGAAAUCUUGUGGGAGAUAGACUGUCCCCGCGAGGUACUUGGUGAGAGUUGGCUCGAUAAUGCGGUGUCUCUUCACGAGUCUUCAGCGCGGCUGUGUCGUGCUCUAGCGCAAGAGCUCAGUACUGCACAUGGGGUCUGUACCGAUGUAGGGGUGCUGGUCGGACAACUAGUUAUUGCUGAGAAUGAGAGGGAUUGGUAUGAAGGUCUUCUCUGGGAGGAAUAUCUAGUUGGUGGUUCCAGCAUUGUGAAGUCUCUUUGCAGGGAUGUUCCAUUAGGCUCGGACGAGCCGGCUUGCGCCGCGGAGGUGUUUUUACAGACGCGUACGGUUAGCAUUGCCGAGGCGAGGAAAGAGCUGGCCUUGUGGAUUCCUUCAGCCCUUGAGGAAGUUACUUCAUUGGAGCAGACGAACCAAGCAGUCCUUCGCAUUGUUAUUGCAGACAUUGAGGAGUUGAUAAAGGAAGGAAAACGAGUGGUGCAAGUUCCUGGGAAGGCUGUCCUGACAAGGAAGGCUGGAAUUGGGACGGCGUUAUGUUUUGCCGCCUACAAUGGAUGGGCAGCUUUGAGCGCUGACAUACGGUUCAGGGAUAAGUCUUUGCGAGCGUUGACCUUUCAGUGUGAUGGUACGUGGUACGCAUUGCAGCAGGGGGUAAGUGAUGAUUCGCUCUGGUUUAUCGUCAAGUGCGAGACCGACAAGGAAGAUACCGAGAGAUGGCAUGGAAUCUUGAUAAUUUACGUCGAUGAUCUCCUGGGCUUUGCUUUGUCGCCGAUCCUCAGCGCCCUAUUUGAUGAGAUACAGAAGAUGUGGAAGUUGUCUGAUCCCGAGUGGAUUGGUGAGGCAUCUUCGACAACCUUUUGUGGCCUGGAAACUCAAGCUUUGAGUGGCGGUGGUUACCGCAUCUCGCAGUAUAAGUACUUGAACGAGCUGUUUGCGAGGUACAAUAUCCACAGUUCCGUAUCGUCGCCUUUGAAUGCUUGGAGUGAACCUGAAAUUGAACAUGAUGCGAAGCUUGAAACCAUCAGGGAAGCACAGGCACUGACUGGUGCGCUAUUGUGGGCGUCUUCGAAAACUCGACCCGAUAUAGCUUUUGUUGUCAGUAAGCUUGGCCAGUACGCGGUGAAAUCGCCAAGCGUCGUGAUCAAGACAGGUCGCCAAGUUUUACACUACUUGUAUGGAACUGCUGACUUUGCGAUAGAAUACAGACGACCUAGCGGAAGUUGGUGGCUCGACUCGCCUGUACCCCGUACGCUUAAUACUCUUGAGUUGUUCACUGACGCUUCGCACGCGCCGGAAGGUGGACGAUCCUGUCAAGCGAUCUUUAUCCUUUGGUGUGGCACGCUGCUGUGUUGGGAGUCCAGCAAGCAACCCUUCAUAACAUUGUCGUCCGCUGAGUGCGAGCUGGUUGCGGUUACCAGUGGCAUUGUUGCUGCCGAGUCCGUUGGCGCUAUCAUAGAGGAGUUAAUCUCCAGCGACGUGGUAAUCUCAACUUUAUGCGACAACCAAGCGACCGUCCGGUCCUUUGCUGUUGGAAGCCUCGGCUGGAGAAACCGCCACCUGAGGAUGCGCGCCGCCUCGGGGCGCGAAAAAAUCGACGCGGGUUCGUUAGUCGUCUCGUAUGUUCCAGGACAAAUGCAGCUGGCCGACUUAGAGGAGGAAUCUGAGGAUGAGGAGCGGGUCCGUAGAGCUGAAGAGGAGAUGAGAGCUAAGGUGAUGUUAUUGAUGUACCUAGCAUGCAGCAACGGUUGGGGGGAGCAGCUCUAG